UCUUUCCGUCGGUCGCGGAUAGCGGGCGCGUGGCGGGCCGGAGCAACAGGCGGGGUGCUCACCAUGGGCGGCUUCCUGGAGCGGGCAGCGGCGCUGGCCCGGGCCCUCAACAGCCCCCACCUAGUCGAGAAGGUCCAGAACUGCUUCGGCGUGCAGCGGAUCGUCGAGAACGGUCGGAGCGGCGACAAGCUCCGUCACAGCAACGGCCUCACGCACCGCCACGGCUCGACCAACGGCGCGAGCUCCAAGGCUACUACGGGGCGGGGAGGCGGUGUCGUGCUGCGGGACACCUCGGUGCCGUGCCGCGUGGACAGCGCCCUGUGGUAUUACCUGUUCCACUUCGGCUCGCUGCUGGGCUACGAGAUGUUCUACGCCACCUUUUUCCCGUUCCUGCUGUGGAACUUCGACGCGGCCGUGUGCCGCCGGGUGCUUGCCGUGUGGGCGCUGGCGCUCUACUGCGGCGGGGUCGCCAAGGACGUGAUCCGCUGGCCGCGGCCGAGCUCGCCACCCGUCGUCCAGUUUGACAGAAAGUACGCGGCGGAGUAUGGCAUGCCGUCCACGCACGCCAUGACGGGGGCCUCGGUGCCCUUUGGCCUGCUCGUUUUCACCAUGCACCGCUACGAGUACUCCCUGCCUCUGGGUCUCCUAGUUUGCACAGUCUGGUGUGCCCUGCUGUGCAUUAGCAGGCUCUACCUGGGGAUGCACACUGUACUGGACCUGUUGGGGGGCCUGCUGCUGGCCUGGGCGUUGAUGCUGGUGCUGGUGCCCGUGGCUCUGCCUGUGGACCACCUGUUGCUGAACUCCCCCUGGGGGCCUCCCCUGGUGGUGGGGGUGGUGGCCCUGCUGUGCCUGGCCUACCCAGCCCCCCGGGAGUGGACCCCUGCCCGCGGGGACUCCUGCGUGGUGCUGGCCACCGUGGCGGGCAUCCUGGCGGGGGAGGGUGCCCUCUUCCAGACCGGCUGGAGGACCCCGCUCCUGCAUGCGCAGGAGCGCUACCGCCUGGGCUUACCUCACAGCUGGGAGCUGGCGUGCGUGCUUCUCAGGACGGCAACGGGCAUUGUGGCCAGCGUGCUCACCCGAACCGCUGCCAAGGCUGUCAUUUACCGGCUGUUGUGCCGGUGCCAAGGCCGGGAUCCCCGGCUGGAGUCCACCCGGCGUCUGGCGUCGAUCGAGCUGCCUUGCAAGUUCUUCACAUACCUGCUCAUGGGCCUCACCAUGGCCCUGGGUUCCCCGCUGCUCUUCGCACGGCUGGGCAUCCAGCGCACUGCCCGGCCGCUCGACCUCUAGGUCCCGUUGCCUGCCGGGUAUCGAGUCCGCAGAUCGUCGCGGGCUCUGGUCUCUCCGCCUUCGACUGAAAUCGCUCCGUGUCGCGUUGAUUCGGAGGCACAAAAAUGUGCACGAGCGCUUGGUUACGGUGGCCGGUACGCGUCUUCGACGAGUGUGUGCACUGCGUCCUCAAAUAUGGUCCCUCGACUUAUGCGCGUCGACGUUGUAGAGGUGUUGCGCCGUCGUCUGCUGCGAUCCUCACGGUGGCAAAGGUGAGCACGGUCACUCUCGGGCACGAGAGUUCACGGAAGAUUUGGCAGAUGGGAAUGGGGACGCGACUGCGGCGGCGACUCUCGCGUUUGCUCCUGCUUUUGGCUGAAUUUUUACAGCCGUUUGCCAGGACUGUGGGAGCCAGCUGCGUGGGAGCCGACUGCGUGGGAGCCAGCUGCGUGGCACGCUGGCCCCCACGACCUCGUUUGUGUUUGCUUCGGGACCACUUUUGAUGCAUGGAUGGGAUCUGACGGUAAACGCACUGGUUGAAGACGCGUUCCAGGCACCGUACUGUGGUGUACUGGAACUUAGCACUGGCAUGCCAUAGGGUAAUUCGCCUUCUCGAGUUGGCCCGUCUUGGCAACACCUAUGCUCCGUUUCACUUUACAACGGACUGCAUCAGACGCUACGUGCUGUCGGAGCCAAUCCAACGCUGCGAAAGUGUCGCGGGACUUUGCACCCCUCGCAUCGCUGAGCCCCUCCCAACGGUCACGCGACAUUCGCGUGAUGUUGAAGUGGCGUAAUGUCCUCCACGAUUUGUCGUUAGGGGAAAUUGAGUACGGGAGCACAAUUUUGCGUCACGACGCACAAGCGACUGUUAUUUGCGGCUGCAUUGUUGGAGUUGGGAACUCGCCGCAACUGAGAGGCGAUUCAGCACCUGUCGUCUCUCGGUUGCUCGAGACGUGGUUGAAACUAUGAAUUUUAGCUGGCCAGACUUGCCGGGCAGACGUGCGUCUUAUUCAGCGAGGUGCAAAGGCAUCAGAGGUAAGGUUUCCCCACCUGAAAGCUGCCUUACGGUUUUAUAGUCGGAUAUGGUGAGCGUUGCACCCAAGUUUUUAACACUGAUCAGUAUCCAGUUAGCUACAGUUGUGAACGGUACAUAAGUUUUUCUCUUUAAACCUUUUGACUUUGGACUAAUCUGAAUGCAUUUACUAAAAGCCCAAGAGUAGAAAAAGUGCAGAAUUAUCUAGCAGUGUCUCGGAUGCUGCAUCAUUGUUACCGGUUCAGAAUUGUUCCGAACGAUGUUGUGCCUCGCUGGCUCAAGUGGCUGGUGGCUCUUCCUCGCAGAAAGCCCGGUUUUUAAAAGAAUGGCCGUCUGUGAGAAACGUGAACUACUGGGACCAACCGAGAGAUUAUUUACUGCGUCAUUGUCGUUCGCUGAGCUCGGCCCUUCUGCUCUGGGCUGGCAGGGAAAUGCAGCCCUCUGGGAAGACGCCGGUGUAUCAUGACUAGUGUUAACGCUCGUGAAAUUUCCACUUGGUCAUGCGUCUCUCCAGCGGGGGCUGGAAAUUGAGGCUUUGAGAAAGCACUUUCCAAGCUGACUUCACUGGUGUCGUACCGAGUGUAAAAAAAAGUCUCCACCGUGCCUUUUUUUUUUUGCUAGAAGUUAUUGCCACUUCUGGAGCCAUCCACUAUACGUCACAUGGUAAUGGCAAGAGCAUUUCCUCGUUGGUGCCAUAUACGCCUUUUAGAAAGACUGCAUAUUUAUCCAGCUUGCAGGGCUAGUUCGCAAAAGAUUGUGGCAAAGAGCCACUUUUAUUGUGUUGUAUUCAACACCCAAGUUCCUACAUUGGGCUAGUCCUCCUUAACUGAAGUUCAAACAAGCUUGGAUAUGGAGACCUCUUUUAUAUUUUCCAAAUGCUAAAUGCUAGAAGGUGCAAAGACUAGGUGCUUGUACGCAGAAAGAAGCGAGGCAUCGAGGCGGAAAUGCUGUGGCGGAGUAUUGUUGCAGAGGACCAGCAACCGUUAGCCUUCCAGCCUCAAACCAGUGUGCUUAACUGUUAAAUAUAACACUCGAGCAUUGGGCAGAGAGGUUGCCUGCAUCAUCGGUUCCCGCAGUCUGGCAUAUCGUAACUUUGUCCUUUUCUAGUGUUAUCGCACCCAGUAUGAACAUGAUGACUUUAUUUGUGGCAUAACCAAAAUAUUAAAAAUGACAACGAGGUCAUGCGCUCGGAGCAGUGGUUAACACGGGAGAGCACAUCGGGUGACUAGAGUGGUCCAAAUGUUCUAAUUUCAUAGGUCAACAUUUAUUGGUUAUGAUUAACAUUACCAUUAACAUAAAUAGUUUUUGAGAUUUCCGCAGGAAAGAAUGUUGAGCGAUAUUUGAGCAAAUGUGGUAGUUCUCUGCAGUCGUGAAAUUCCGUGCGAAAUAAAAUGUAACGUGAAAGUAGCUUUCCAAAGCAUUGGUAGGCUUCCCAAAGCAUUAGUAGUGGUUACAUUCAUACAUUUCUUUUACUGCGGUCCUCUCAAAAACCUGAUCAACAAGGUCCUACUACUUUGUUUUAUUCACUCGGUGCGUUCAAAUAGCAGCCGUACCGUGUGCCUCCUACUGAAGAAAUCGUGAUCAGCCGCAACUUUUGACCAUAUUUUCACUGCCAGCAGUUUACAUACAGAAGUCCUACAGCAAAGGUUGCAAUAACCACUUACAAAAUUUUAAUACAAACCUGAAAAGAUAUUGUUCUAUCAGGCACAACGGGAAGAGGGUGUUUUUAAUAAUGUUCUCAGGAACAAUCUCCACUAGAGCAAAUGCCAAUUCCAAGUGUGUGCUUAAACUGUUCUUACUGAAAGUUUCUAUUGUGCUCCAAACUUGCAUUCGAGAUGGCAUUCUAGGCGCAACCCAAAAGCGUCUUAUUUCUCCCUAUUACCCCCUGCAACUAACCUCGAUGCUACCUAAAUGGCGGAGUGGGAGGAACAAUUGCUAGAACGUAGUCCCUCCUGAUGAGAAUAUUGCAAUCCUCAUGGCUUGGAAAGAGAAAAACAACAUAUUUUGUCUCGAGAAAAAAAGAAGUAGCACAGGUUGUGCACAUCAGCAUGCAAAAUGCAUAUGGAUGCAGUGCUCAAGUCUAAACAUGCUCCCAAAGACCCCGUCUUGCUGCCUUUUGUUCUUUCUUUAGACCUUGAGAUAUGGCUGGUGCGCAACCCAGCUGAAAGAAGCUAUGAUUUAACCCAAACGCUCGCCCUGAAUGACCAAAGUACUGGCACGAUAGAUCUAGGAUGUUUGCACCUGAUUUUACUGGCCGACCACUUUCGGAUAUAUUGCACAUUCUCAGCAUGAUGCUUGUAGUAUUUGCUUGUCUGUCUAGAGUGUUGUUGUUUUCCUGAGUUUUUUUUAGCUGCCAUAGUUGUGGUUUCUUAGACAAUGUUCUAGUUAACUGAUUUGCAGAAACUGUCUUGUUUCCCAACAACUUAAAUCUGUCCUGAAGCUUUUUUUGUUUUUGUUUUCACAUUGGGAGUGAAUCAAAACAUAAUUGUCUGCAAAACUCGGGAAAUUUGUCUUCAAGUUAUUGUAGCGCAGAUUUGACUUAAUAUCUUUCCGAUACUGUAGUCUUUCUAAAUACAAUCACUUUAAAGAUAUUUAAUAAACUAAAUCUUUAAAAAAAGUUAUUCUUUUUUAAAAAACAUUUUACGCUCAUGAAAAUGCAGCUCUAUAAAAAAAACUUUAUAUGGUUGGAAUUUACCUUUCAAAAUUGCAGUAUUUUAAAGAGUCAUAGCUUAAAAUAAAUCGGAAUGCCAAGAAAGUAGAAAUUUUUUAUACAAGGAGGGUGCACAAAAAAAAAACCAAAAAACAUUUAGAACUUGCGUAUCAGACAGCGAGUUUGAAGUCCCCUCACACUUAGAAGUGCUGCUCUUUCAUCAUAUUGUCAGAACUGUUGUGCGUAUUUAGAGCAUGGUGUGUAACUAAAUUCCCACAUUUGUACAGGUCUUUCUCUAACCUUAGGACAGCUUCAGUUUGGUUGCAGUGUCGGGCAAUUCUCGAAUUUUGAAUGUACCGCCCGUGUAACCCGAAAUUAUGUUUUCCGUGUGUGUUCUUGGGACCAAAGCAGCUGGAUUGCUACAAAUGGCAGGCUGCCUCCCAGCAUUCAUGCCACGAGAGCCUCUUGUCUGAUGGGCCAAACCUUCUACUUAAGCUAUUUUUAGCAAUGCCUCGCCAGCGGGUAUAUUUUCUUUCCAAGAAAACUCUCCUUAUGUUGUAUUGUUGAGAAGCUAGAUGACCAUGCCAUUGCUUUUUGAAGUGGUACUGUGUAAUACCAAUAUAGUUGAACUAGUAGACAUAUGAGCUUAGAUUUUUGGCAAGUUUUCGCCAUUGCUUCUCUCUUACACCAGGCACUUUUUGCAGCAAAGUUGCUUCAUGUUUGUUGUUUUUAGUUUUUCCUACAAGAUGAUAGAUGCUAUGUUGCUUGUGAGCAUAUAAGCAAAUCUAUUGUUUUUUCUCGAACUACUUGUUCUGAACUAAUGGUGUCCGCAUUCUCUUGUGCUUUACAAAUGCUUGCAACAAGCACUGUGACAAUGUCCCUUCCAUGCUUAACAAGGUCAAGCUUGCAUUCUCAAGGUUUUGACCCUUUGCAACUAUAUUUUUAUGCGUCCAAGAGCACUAAACUAGCCAAAUACAUUGUAUUCCAGUGGCACAGGUGUACCAAGUUUGUUGUGCUAAUCACUUGGAAGACAGCCCAGAUGUUGUUGGAGUCAUGGUCAAGUGGAGAGGGAAGGUGGAUUUUAAUUAGGAAAAAGGGAGGUGCAACUACAUUCCGAGCACACUACAUGUGCACCGAAAUGCAGAAUGAAAGUGAUGGACACAAAAAAGGCAUGUGCCACUUGCCCCGAAUGUGAACUAGUGUACAUGCCUGUAGUGGAAGACCAGAACAGGCCAAAUGGUAUGCUAGAACUGGGGGAGCAUUUGUGAGCCUAAUAUUCCUUUCUGUUACCAGGUGCCUUUGAUGUCUGCUGAUGACUUUUUCCAUAUAAAUAUUUGAAUAGCAUUGUUGCACUGUUUCUUGCACCACCACUAUGUAGAGUUCUAUCUACCCGUGAGGUUUGCAGAAUAAAAUCAAAGUAACGUUGUCUGCAUCAGCAUUUAACAUUAGUGCCUGGCUUGUAAAGUCAGGAUGUUUUUCUUUUUGUUUUUUAACACAUUUGUAGUUUAUGCACAAUAUGUUGUACUGUCAUUGGUUGCCAGUGCAACUUAUACAGAUGUUUUAUGUAAACAGAUGUUGUAUACUUUAUACCAUAAUCAAUGCCAUCUCUGACAUGCUUGGGGAGUGACUUUUGUACCCUGCAGCAUUAGUCAAUGCAUGUUACAGGUAUCGGAGAGACCUAGCAGUUAAUUUUUUCAGAAUGUCAAAAGUGCAAUCCACGUAUUUAGGAUGCUAGUUCGGAUAUUUUGGAGAUAUAUACAUCAAUUAAAUGUUUGUUCUGCCACUUA